UGCAUUUACAUUUUCUUCAGCUUUGGUUGAUUAAAAUAAAAUUUACUCGUGUCAAAGGUCAUAAUUACAUAAUUCUUAACUUUCUCUAUCAAAUUUUUUCGAGUUUCAGGGCCUGUUUCAAAUUCUGGUCAUGUAUUUCGCCCUGAUUAUCUUUCCGAGCGCAUCAAUCAUAUUUCUAACACAGGAGAAAGUUAUAUUUGGGGAUGCACUAUUUCGAGAGACGUACAAAAAUCAAAGCUCCUUAAGUCUGGAUUUGUACUUCGAUCUGGAUGGGAUCCCCGUUCUGCAAACUUUUCUAUCCGUUGUUGCAUUGGUGUUAAAUAUUAACUUCUCCAUCUUUGGGAACGUGGCUGUCCUAGGGAUAAGCACUUACGUUUGUCUUCUAGCGUAUAAAUUGGGGUGUGACUGCGAACGUUACUUUAUGAAAGAUGUUCCGUUUCAUGUGGUAAGUACGUACUGAAAUUCAACAUGUAACUAAUUUUAAAAUAAUGAACAGCGAUAAUUGAGAUCACGAGGCUUCAAUUAAUCUCGUCAUGAUUUUUUCGGGCUUAAUUAUCGUCUAGAAUUAAAUAUUAACAAUUAGGCGUUUCUAAAAUUAGAAGAAUUACUUAUAACGCUAUGUACGCUACGUGAAACACAAGGUGCCCUGGUUUACCAAAAAUGUUGUAUUUUUCUUAGGUGAGGAAUCUGUACUUCGAAUUGAAAACAUUUUUCGAUCAAAUUAAUGAAUUAUUUAGUUUCAACAUGGUUGUAUUCGUGGCCAAUCUGUUGGUUCAUUUUAGUAGAUCGUUCACUGAAAUGAUAGAACCAAGCACGACGAUACUGUUAAAAGUGGUCACUAUGUCGUACUUCGUUUGGUUGAGUGGAUGUCUCCUCCUGGCAGCAGUUGGAGCUACAAAGCUCCAAUCGUUCUUUGGCUUCAUUGCCAAAAAUUACGCAUCGCCUGAAUAUGCGGACAAUUUAGAAGUAAUCAAUCUUAAAUUGGACAUUGAACAGGGUCCGCUUGGUAUUAAAGCUCAUACUUUUCUGAUAACUCAUGGUUUCAUUGUUACGAUUUUCAGCCAAGUAAUAACUUAUGUCGUGGUGCUGCUGCAGUUUACGUCAACACCACCAAAACAGGGGAAGGAUUAAAUUUAAUAAUGCUUUUAUGCGAUACAGGCUUUAUUAAUAAAAUAUUCACAAUUUCUAAAAAUAACGUAAUUAAUAUGUAUGUAUAAGUUUAGUGUUAUCUCUAGAAAAAUAACGUAAUUAAUAUGUAUGUAUAAGUUUAGUGUUAUCUCUAGAAAAAUACCGGGCAAAUUUUAUUCAAGUUUGGAAUAGUUCAUAAACUAUACUAAGGAAUAGAUUUAUUAGAAUUAAUACAUAUGUAUGUGCAAAUGGUACUCAUUCCCUUUCAAAU